AUGAUCAUACUUAGCUCCUGGUCUAAUUUGAGGGUUUACUCGUCUAUAUGGAAGUUUAUUCCGGGUGUUGUUUUUUGGUCUAUUUGGAAAGUUAGGAACUCAGUUGUUUUCGAAAGAGUGAAACUUGACAGGUCCUCCAUCUUCUUCAUUGUUAGAUUUAGGUUACCAAAAUGGUUUCUAGAGAAGUUUCCUUACGUUCCUAUCCAAGCGGAUUCGCUGAUUGGAGAUCAUUCCCUUACAGACAAGAGUUAUGUUUCAAAAGUUCAGUGUAUGCCAUUGAUAUGUUGGAGACCCCCUUCAGUUGAUUUCUUUAAGAUGAAUGUUGAUGGAACAGUAAGGUUUGACGGGUUGGUAGGAGGAAUCAAUGGUAUUUUAAGAGAUUGGAAACAUUUCACUCUACUAACUUUUUCAGAAAGUGCUGGUCCAAGCCCUCCACCUUUAGCAGAAUUGAAAGCCAUUAAAAAAGGCAUCGAUAUUUUUCUCUCUUCAAUGUGGGUUCCUGAGGGUAGACUGAUUGUUGAAAGCGACUGCAAGUCUGCAGUGGAGUGGAUUAAAUCUCCUUCUACUGCUCCUACUUUCUUUAGUAACCUAGUCAAAGAUAUUGUGUCCCUUGUUUCAACUAAGGCGUAUAUAGUUAGGUUGAUUCCAAGGGGUUGCAACUGUGAGGUUGAUAAGUUAGCGAAGGAGGGGAUUGGGUGA